AACAGCUACCACCAGCACAGCAGAUAGACGACAUGAUGAGAGCAGUGGCGUUAGUGGCCAUGUUGGCCACUGCCUUGGCGGCUUCCGCGCGCGCCGAGCAGUGCGGGUCGCAGGCCAACGGGGCUCUCUGCCCCAACGGCCUCUGCUGCAGCAAGUGGGGCUGGUGCGGCUCCACCUCCGACUACUGCACCAACGGCUGCCAGAGCCAGUGCGGCGGCGGCAGCCCACCGAGCGGCGGCGGCAGCCCACCGAGCGGCGGCGGCGUCGAGUCCAUCAUCUCGCGUUCGCUGUUCGACCAGAUGCUCCUCCACCGCAACGACAACGCGUGCCCUGCCCGGGGCUUCUACACGUACGACGCCUUCGUCGCGGCGGCGAGCGCCUUCCCGGGGUUCGGCACGACGGGCAGCCUGGAGACCCAGAAGCGGGAGCUCGCGGCGUUCCUGGCCCAGACGUCACACGAGACGACCGGCGGGUGGGCGACGGCGCCCGACGGACCCUACGCCUGGGGCUACUGCUUCAAGCAGGAGCAGAGCCCGUCGUCGUCCUACUGCCAGCCGAGCUCGCAGUGGCCCUGCGCCGCCGGCAAGCAGUACUACGGCCGUGGCCCCAUCCAGAUCUCGUGGAACUACAACUACGGCCCCGCGGGCCAGGCCAUCAGCCAGGACCUCCUGGGCAACCCGGACCUGGUGGCCAGCGACGCCGUGGUGUCGUUCAAGACGGCGGUGUGGUUCUGGAUGACGGCGCAGUCUCCCAAGCCGUCGUGCCACGCCGUAGUGACCGGGCAGUGGAGCCCCUCCAGCGCCGACCAGGCGGCCGGGAGGGUGCCCGGGUAUGGGGUCAUCACCAACAUCAUCAAUGGUGGGAUCGAGUGUGGCCACGGCGCUGAUAGCAGCGUCGCGGACCGGAUCGGAUUCUACAAGCGCUACUGCGACUUGCUCGGGGUCAGCUAUGGGGCCAACUUGGACUGCUACAACCAGAGGCCCUUCGGCAGCUAGCUCAGAUCAGCUGGCAUGGCAGUCUUCACAACUUGGACUGCGAUAAAGCUAAGGCAGAGAUCGUCACACAAUAACAAGCGUGUUAUGUAUACGAUCCAAUAAUAAUGCAAUUAAGCAAUAUAUUGAAUCAGUGGAAUAAAAUACAUGAUUAUAUAUAGAACUAGAAUCAUGUGUUGGAAAUAAAUAUUUAUAUAAGA